GGAUUGGGAUUUGAGUAUUAGAAGCACAUUAGGAUUGGGUUUUACUUUUGUCUAUAAAAAGGAGGGGCUUUUGGCUUCUAAGAGGGCGGAAAUUGGAGAAAAAGAGGAAAAAAAAUCUGAGGGCGAAGAGGAGGAGAAGAUUGGGAAAAAGAGGGAUUCAAAAAUUGAGAGAAGAAGGACAAAUCUGAGGCUUGUAACCAGAACUUCAAGAUAAUAAAGCUUGAGUUUCCCUAUUUUCUUCAGGUUAGAUCAUGCAUUAGACAUGGAUUUUACCGAGGAUACAACUAGACAAGGGAAGAGACCUGGUGAAGAUGUCACAUCUCAUCCUACUGCUAAGAGAGCCAAGGAGUCAAUCUUUUCAGUCAAUACCUCCAAACCCGACUUGAAGUUGUUGAAAGAGGCUUACGGUUUGUUGUCUUCAAGGAAGAAGCAUGACUUUGAGGUCCGAUUUGGGUGCAUUGGAGAUCUAUUGUCAGUGGUGCCGGAUUGGGAUUUGUUCAGAGCUAUGUUGAAGUUUUAUAGGCCUCAGUAUCAAGCUUUUGUAUUCUCACAAUUCGAGUUAGUGCUUACCAUUGAUGAGUACCAUCAUUUUCUUCGAUGUAGUCCUGCAGUGGAUUCUUGUUCCUUCACUCCUCAAGUGCAACGUGUGCAGUUCACACAAACAAAAGUUCAGGAAAUGUUGCAUGCUAUGUGGGGUUUUUCAUUUGAAUUCUCACUGCCAUUGGUGACAACAAGAAAUAAUUCUUAUGGGUUUGAUUGGAAUGCAACAUUAAUGACCUUGGGAACAAGAUUAGAAGGCAUGACAUCUUCUCAAAAGAUUAACUUUGUGGCAUUGGGAAUCUAUGGCAUGGUGAUCUUCCCUAUUCAUGUUAAAAACAUUGCACCUAUGGUGAUAGUUUUCUUUGAGCAGUUGUUGCACACUUCAGCAUUUAAUCCUACUCCUACAGUGGUGGCUGAAACUUUGAGGUCCAUGGGAAAUGUUCGAGCAGAUGGAUCCGGUCAUUUUUUGAGUUGCAUUGAGUACACUAUGUGGGCACAUGGUCACUUGGGGAGUCCUCAAUUCGAAGCUUUACUUGGUGUUCCUAUGAAAGAUAGAAAGGUGGAAGAUUGGCAUCAAUUACUUUUGGCUGCAACAGUUAAUGAUGUCAGAUUUGUCCUCCCGACUUGGAAUGCUACUCAUUAUCUUGCUCCACCCAAUGGAUGUCACUCUAUUCCUUUUCACGCUUUGAUUACAUGUCUUCCCUGGAUUGUUAACAAGGUAUCCGAGGCACAUAAGAUGUGGGAGAGACGUAGGAUGCUACCCAUAUGGAAAGAGAAGGGGACUAGAUCACAAUAUGAGCAAUGGAGGUUGAGUUGGAUAGCUAAGCUCUCUUUGCCAUGGAAGGUGACAAAUACAAAGAACUCUACCAUCAUGGACUUGACUGCCAAGUUGGAGUUCAGCCAUACCCAAAGGCAACAGUUGCAAAAGAGGUAUGAUGAAUUAGCUUUUAAUCACGAGUUGCUUGAAAGGGGAAAAGAGUUGUCAGAUCAGCAAGUGGUGGAGUUGAAGGACAAGAUUGCCUCAUUGGAAAAGGAUUUGGCUGCUAGUAAAGAAAUUUGUGGAAAGCAAAAGAGGAGCUUGGACUUCGCUGAAGAACAAAAGAAAAGGUUGCUACGAGUAAAGGCGGAUCUUAAAGCAAGAGAAAAGGAGAACAAGGAGCUUAUUGAGAAGGUGACUAGGCAGCAAGAGUUGAAAGAAAAAGUGAUUGAGUGGAGGAAUGCUUACAACAACCUAUUGUCUGAUUACGAUGCUCUACAAAAGGAAUUGCAAGCAGCAAAGCAAUCAAAGCAAGGAAAGAAGGAGAACACAACUUGAAGAACUUGGGGAAGAUGGGUUACUUAGGAGCUUUUGUAUUAAUGUCAGAAAUUCCGAUCUAUCAAUGAAAACUGGCUUAAAUGAAUACAAUCCUUCUUC